AUGCAGUACUCCUUCGUUCACGUCUUUGUCUUUUCGUACCUGACUGCUCUCGGUCUCGCCCUCCCAGCUGCCAGCCCGGCGCAAGGCAACUCGUUGGGCAGCCACCGGUUCCUCGCGCGAGGUGUCAGACGUCUGGAUACUCGGGCUCCUCAGCAGGAUCAACAAGCUGGCGCCAGCCAAGGCGCAAACAACACUGCCAACACUGGCGGCGCCGGGCGCAAUGGCGUCAGCGAUGCUCAGGUCAUGAACGCCGUCAUGUCCUGGAUGCAGGAUACCGCAAAGGUCACCAAGUUCCUCAACACCGCCACAUCCUUCACCGGCGCCGAGUUCACCAAGCAAGCCACUAUUGCGCUCAACGCCGAGAUCGACGAGCUCAACCACAAGAUGGUUCUCGACGCCGCCUUCCAGGGAACGGACAUGGUCACGCAAGCCAACAAUGUGCUCGACACGCAGGGUAACUUCCAGCAGGUUGUCGAUACUCUUCAGAGCAUGGUUACCAACGGUCCCGACACCGCGCAAAGGGAUGUCAACUCCAUCAACCAGAACCGUUGU